AUCUAGGUCUAGUGUUUCCGGGUUGGUAGCGGCGAUCUCUGCUCCUCCCCUCCUCUCUCUACACAACGGACAGUUCAGAGGGCCAUGUCAAGAGUCUGAUUGCGUUAUAGAUUAGCUGAUUUUGGCGAUACUGGCAACGGUUAUUCCACGUGUAGAUGCUUGCGUGAAGUGUUAUCAAAUUGAAGAAAUAUUGAUUAAUUCCCUUGGCUGGGGUGCGUUCUGCCACGUAGUCGAUCGAGUGAUUCGGUCAAUUCAGUUGAGCUGCUACGCUCCAGUAUAGAUAAAGAGUGUGAUACUCUUGAGGAUCAGUCACUGUGCAUUGAGGGUUGAGUAGCGGUAACAACAGCGCUGACUCUAAGAACUUCCAGCAUAACUUUGGUUUUAGACCUUUUUCGAACAAGAUCAAGUUUGCCGAGCAAAAACAAAAAAUGGAAUUCAGAAACAAGUUAUGCCUGUUCACGGUGGCUGUGCUGUGCAUUUUGCCUGUGUGUCUCGGCGAGGUGGAGAGACCUGAGCAUGGCGGCAUGGGAACAAAGACUCAUCACGCCAAGGGAGGCAUUCACAACCCAGUGUUUGAUCAGGAAGCUCUGCUGGGAUCUCAUGACCUUGAAGAAUUGGCUGAAUUGGAUGAAGAUGUAAGAACACAAAGACUCAAGAACUUGGCCAAGUCACAUGAUGCCAAUGACAACGACAUCAUUGAAUUGGACGAACUCAAAGAAUGGAUCCUUCAGUCUUUCCGUCUUCUGGAUCACGAGGAAGCCAUGGAGCGCUGGAACAACGAAGAUGAGGAUGGUGAUGGCAAGCUGACAUUCAGUGAAAUUCUCAACAAGCAGUUCAGCGUCACAGAGGAGGAGCUGAGUGAGAUGGAGAAUGCUGAUGAGGAGGAAAAGGAUACCGAUGUUCUGCAGUUGGUUGCAGAUGACAAGAAACGUUUUGCUGCUGCGGAUUUGAACCAAGAUGGCUCUUUAGACGAAAACGAGUUCCUGGCGUACUUCCAGCCAUACGACUACCCCCACAUGUUCGAAGUGGAGAUUGAGAGGACCAUGAAGGAAAUGGACAAGGAUGGUGACGGCUCCGUUUCCAUGGAGGAGUUCAUUGGUGAUGAGGUGGAUGAGGAGUCCCGUCUGGUGGAAGUGACCAACUUCGAGGACCUGGACAAGGACAAGGACGGCAAACUGUCCAGAGAGGAAGUGCGUCCAUGGGCUCUGCCGGACAACAAUGAAGUCGCCGUUGAGGAGGCAGAGCAUCUGUUGGAGUCAUGUGAUGAGGACGGAGACAAGCAGCUCACCAUUGAUGAGAUCGUCAGUAAGGAAGAAGAAUUCCUCGCUAGCUCAGCCACAGACUACGGCAGAACAUUACACUACGUCAAAGACGAGUUGUAGUCCCUUACGCUGGUAGACAUUUCCACGUAUGAUACAGAUAUAUUGAAGAUAGAACAAAUUGCAACUUGGCGUUUUGUGCAAUUGAGAAUUCCAGGGAAGUGUGAGUGUUUCUAUUUUUGCGAGAAUGGAGUUGUAUUUGGGCUGGCAGAAUGUCUGAAUGCCUCCCUGUAUUUCUGAGUGUUGAUGUCAGUGAAGGAAAAUUGCUGGUUAUUAUGUUUUAAGACACAACACACAAGAGGGUGAAAGAGAAGUUAUAAGUAUGUACAUUUGUUGACCGUAAAUCUUCCAAUGUUCUUCAACAUAUUUGCAAUGUGUGUCCUCUGACACUUCCAGUGUGAGCUUUGUAGAGUCCUUCAGGGUAAAUUUUUUUUUCAGAGCUGUCUCACUUGCAGAAUGAAAUACUGAAAUAAGAGAAAAAUUGCACCAGCACUGUAGAGAUGGUCGAGACAUGAGCAGAUUGGAAUGGUUACGGAAUGUGGUGGGACAAAGAGCAUACAGCAAUUACUACGGAGUUGUUGAGAUUAAACUCGCCCUGGUCUGCAACAGGUUUGCUAGCUGUAGCCUACAGUAAAUGUGGUGCAAGAUGUAGGCUAAGUUCUGUGUGCUGUUGUGUCUAGUUGGUAGAGGAUGAGGGGAGGGGGGUCUGUUUCUGUGUGUUCAGGAAAAAGUUAAAUGCCCUCACUAGUCAUUACACAGUUUGGCAGACCCUCUCUUGUUUGGAUAUUCUUUUGUUCAUGUGGGCCUUGGUGCUGCUGUCUUUGAAGACAUUAUUAGUGUUCACACGGUACAGAGGAGUUUUUUUUCAGUAGUGGUGCUGUUCAUCUCAAUACUUAAUUGUAGCGGACUUUGAGACUUCAUUUGUACUACUCACCACUGCGUGGCUGAUCUUGUCGCGACUGUCUCUCUGCUCUAUUCUAGUGUCGCUCUAUGGCUACAUGGUCACCCUCACUUUGAGGGGCAGGUGGUUUCAACCCCUUAUCUUCAAAGUCAUCGGUCAACUGUUUCUGGUGCUCAUUAGUUACUGUACUUAUUUUAUCUCGAGAUGUCAAAGUUGAAGUUCAAGUAUGCGAGUUGGGACACAAUGGAUCAUGUACAAAACCUCAUGUUGUGUGUGUGUUUGUGUGUCAGUGUCAGUGUAUUUUUCUCUCUUCUCCACGUGAAGUCCAAUUGUCAUUGUACUUUGAACAAGUCCCAAGCUGUUGAAUGGUUCAAGUCUUUUCAUGGCUGCCAUCCAUAUCUAAAGUUUUGAAUAAUUCGUUUCACUACUUUUGUAUUUCAGCAUCUUUACACUGUCCUUAUGAUUUUUUUGCAUGAUACUCAUUCUAAUUGUAGACAGGUGAGUGGGGCAGACGACUGCUACCACUUUCCUAGUUCAUCCAACACCAGUCAUACUGCGGAGUGACUCAAUAAAGUGCCAGAUCGUUCAAUG